UUCGCUCUGCCGUAUCGAAAUCGGAAGCUCUCCUCCAACCAACGCACCGAGCACGCAUCCACAACGAAAAACGAACGUCAAAACGACGAAAAAUUGGUCGCAAAAAUGCUGAACGCUGAUAUUUGGAAAUCGUGGGAAAGAAGUGGAAAAUCUGAAUUCUUGAAACAGUGUAAGACGCUGCUGAAGGAGGAAGGCAGUCCACUGUUCGGAAAGAAUGAUCGGAAAACGGAAAUAUCGCGGGCGAUCUAUGAACUUGUAUCCCAUGGUAUCCACGGCCAGAUUAAGAAGGAGAGCGCGCUCGUGAUGCUGGGCGAGCUGGCCAACUUACACAGCGACAUUCCAUCGAUCAUGCUGGAUAUAUUUGGAGUAUUGGACGCAGAAACGGCUGCCGGUGGCGGGGGAAGUGGGACAGAUGCCUCCACCGAGGAACGUGCUGCGUUUUGCUACAUUGUUAAGGAAUCGGACCGAUUUCUGUCAGAGAAAUUGCUGAAAGAGCGACUGGAAAUUGACACGCUGCAAGAUGUUGGGACAAUCAAGAACCGCAGUUUCUAUACAAAGUUUAUUAAAGUUAAAACGAAACUCUAUUACAAACAGCGUCGUUUCAAUCUGUUCCGCGAGGAAAGCGAAGGGUAUGCAAAGCUUAUCACGGAAUUAAAUCAGGAAUUCACCGAGACGAACACGGUGCAAAAUAUAUUGGAAAUUAUCAAGUCGUUGAUUGGCUGCUUCAACUUGGACCCUAACCGGGUGUUGGACAUUAUGUUGGAAUCGUUUGAGACGCGACCGGAGCACGAUAAAAUCUUCAUUCCAUUGCUUCAGUCGUACAUCAAUGAUGGCAACAUCAUCUGCGAGGUGUUAGGAUACAAAUAUCGGCAUUUCUCGGAUAGUCGCACGCCAGAAUCGCUGUUCAAGGUGACGGCGCUGCUCUUGCAGCAUGGAGUCAUCAAACUGGACGAUAUCUACGCUUGGCUUAGUCCGACCGACAAGCUAAUCGUCAGUGAAUGGGAGUCGGAAGUGAAUGACGCGAAAGAGUUUGUCCGCAGAUUGAAUGUUGUUUCCACGAACAAAGAUAAGGAGCAGGAGCCAGAGCCGGAAAAAGAGAUGACCCCGGAAAAGUACGCCACCAAUCAGAAAUGGGGUCUCUGCGAAGCGCUCCUACAUGUGGGAGAUUGGAAUACCGCUCAGCUCUUGCUGAAGAAGCUCCCAGAACAAUCAGUAAUGGUACAUGAGCGUAUCGCCAAAGCCCUGUGUUGGCUACUGCAUAUGAUAAUCGAACCGGUCUACCGUCUGAAGUGUGCCCUUCCGUGCAAUAUCAAAGGACGCCCAAUUAGCAACGGACUGAGUAAGUUGGCGCCGGCGCCUGUUACCACAAUCUCUAAACUACGCAAUCAUGCCUUCCCCAUGUUCACCGCCUUGGGCCCUUCACUGCACUAUGAUUCGGUUCUGCUGUACAAGCUCCUUCGUCUGGUUCGCAUCAUUCUCACAGAGAUGAACGUAGAUCCGGCGAAUACGCCUACUCCCGGUUCGGAGAACGAACAACUCUACUAUGAUAUAAUUACCUUGCUGGAUGCGUCUAUUUUGCCUUCUCUGUCCUACAUGGAUUGUAACUGCUGCGUGGCCGAAGAAAUCUGGUCCAUCGUGAAGCUGUAUCCGUACCAAUAUAGGUACAGUUUGUAUGCGCGUUGGAAGAACGACACCUACCAGCUGCAGCCGAAGUUAAUCCGACGUCGGGGGAAUGCCCAGAAGCAAAUCAAAGCUCUGAUGAAACGAGUCAGUAAGGAAAAUAGCAAACCCGUGGGAAGGCUGAUCGGAAAGCUUAGUCACUGCUCGCCAGGUUUUCUGUUCGAUUAUAUUCUUUUGCAAAUCCAAAUCUACGACAAUCUGAUUACCCCGGUUGUCGAUUCCCUGAAGUAUUUGACAUCCCUAUCGUACGACGUGCUCGGCUACUGUCUGAUUGAAUCACUGGAACAAGUCGAUCGCAAUCCAAUGCAGAACGAUGGUACUUCAAUAUCGCUCUGGUUGCAAAGUUUGGCAAAUUUUUGCGGCGCCAUCUACAAAAAGUACAACAUCGAAUUGAGCGGACUGCUACAGUACGUGGGAAACCAGCUGAAGGCGCAUAAGAGUUUGGAUUUGUUGAUACUGAAGGAGGUUGUGCAGAAAAUGACUGGGAUCGAAGCGGCCGAAGAGAUGACAGUGGAACAGAUUGGUGCGAUGUGCGGAGGAGAGUUGCUGCGCGGUGAGGCCGGGUACUUUAGUCAAGUACGCAACACCAAGAAAUCCUCUCAACGAUUGAAGGAUGCUCUGGCAAGUAACGAUCUGGCAGUAGCUCUGUGCUUACUGAUUGCCCAGCAGAAGCACUGCGUAAUUUAUCGUGAAACUGCUUCAAGUCACCUGAAGCUCGUGGGAAAACUUUACGACCAAUGUCAAGACACUUUGGUCCAAUUCGGAACGUUCCUGGGAUCGACUUAUUCUGUCGAAGAGUACGUUGAAAGAUUGCCAACCAUUCAUAGUAUGCUGCAGGAGUACCACAUUCACUCGGAUGUGGCAUUUUUCCUGGCCAGGCCGAUGUUUUCGCACGCCAUCAGCCAAAAGUACGACCAACUGCGCAAGGCUGAUCAAAACUCGAAGAAACUCUCCACCUCGCAGAAGAUGGUCAAAUAUCUGGAAGCGACCGCCUACGUUAUGAAUCCGGUAAUCGAAUCGGUCCGACCACUACACCCUCCGAAAGUCUGGGAAGACAUCAGUCCCCAAUUUCUGGUCACAUUCUGGUCCUUAAGUAUGUACGAUCUUCAAGUCCCGGCCGAAAGUUAUCAGCGCGAAAUCAACAAACUGAAGCAAAUGUCCAUCUCAUCCAUGGACUCCAAGGAUCAAAACGCAUCCAAGAAUAAGAAAGAGCAGGAACGGCACGUUGCACUGAUGGAGAAACUACAAGACGAGCGAAAGAAGCAGCAAGAACAUGUUGACAAGAUCAUGCACCGCUUGACAAGCGAGAAGGAUUCCUGGUUUCUAUCACGUUCUGCCAAGUCAGCCAAAAACGAAACCAUCACGCAGUUCCUGCAGCUAUGCCUUUUCCCACGGUGCACCUUCACAGCGCUGGAUGCCCUUUACUGUGCCAAGUUCGUUCACACAAUUCACAGUCUCAAGACGGCCAACUUCUCGACCCUGCUGUGCUAUGAUCGAAUAUUCUGCGACAUCACAUACUCGGUAACUUCCUGCACCGAAAACGAAGCCACCCGCUAUGGUCGUUUCCUGUGCGCCAUGCUGGAAACAGUCAUGCGUUGGCACGCCGAUCAAAGCACCUUCAAUCGAGAGUGCUCCAACUAUCCUGGCUUCGUUACGAAAUUCCGCGUGAGCAACCAAUUCUCCGAGGCGAACGAUCACGUUAACUACGAGAACUACCGCCACGUUUGUCACAAGUGGCACUACAAAAUAACCAAAGCCAUGGUGUUCUGCCUGGACUCCAAGGAUUACAUGCAAAUUCGUAACUCGUUGAUCAUUUUGAUGAGAAUACUCCCGCACUUCCCUGUCUUGGCCAAGCUAGCGCAGAUAAUUGAGAAGAAGGUCGAGAAAGUGCGUGAAGAAGAGAAGAAUCAACGUCAGGAUCUAUUCGUGUUGGCUUCGAGUUACAUUGGGCAGCUGAAGGCCAAGUCCGGACAAAUGAUGCGGGAAAGUGACUUCCAUCAGGUUUCGGAGAAACCCGUCAAAGUGGAAUCCCAGGAAUCCAAGGCAAUGAACGGGGAUAGCAAAAGUGAUCGCAAGGAAAUUAAAUCGGAGAAGAAAAUUAUCGUCACCAGCAAUUCGUCAUCCAGUUCUAAGCAGCAGCAAAGUUCAAGCUCGUCGUCGUCGAAUAACGUGUCAUCGAACAACAGCAACAACAUCUCGGACGUUAAGAUAAUCGAACGGGAAAUCAAGAAGGAAACUCCGGCACGUGAUUCGACACGCGAAACUUCAGUCAGCAGUAGCUCGAAGGAUAAGUCGUCAAAGGAAUUAAAACGGGAGGAACGAGCCCGCGAGAAGGAACGCGAACGCGAGGAGGCGGCCACCGAACGAAAGCGUGAGAAGGAGAAGGAAAAGCGACGGGAAAAAACCACCAGAGCGGCCCUAGUAGCAGCCGCACAAGCCGAGUAUGAACUUCAAUUGCAGCAGCAGCAGCAACAACAACAACAACAGCAGCUUAGCAGUGACAGGGAUUCGCGUGCCAGCGAGAGGGAGCGGGAACGGGAUCGCACCGAGCGGGACCUCAGUUCUGUUUCAAAUUCCAGCAACGAGCAUCGGCGCAGCCAAGACCCGCCGGAGCACGACAGAGAAGUGAAACGUCGCAAGCUGGAAAGUUCCACCUCAAAGAGUAAACAUGGCAGUGGGGUCGCCGACGAGGGCAGUACACUCCAGUCAUCAUCGUCCACCGAUUCCAAGAAGGAACGCAGCAGUAAAACUAAGGACAAGCGUGACAAAACCGACGAAGAGAAGGAACUUCGCAAGGAACGUAAACUCGGUCGGAAGCGGGACCGUGCCGAGGAAAUUAUGCUGGCAGAAAAGCGUCGCCGCGAAGAAGAAAAAGCCAAGUUGCAUUUGCAAAACGGUGAAGACGAUCUGGGAUCAUCUCAUCGCGAAAAGCACCACCAUUUGCGGGAGAAAUCACCCGCCUACAGCGUUCGCGACCAUCGUGAACGCUCACACGAUCGUAUCGAUCGUAGCGAGAAGCAGUACAUAACGAAAUCAUCGCGCACCAGAUCCGGCUAUUAGAAAGACUUCAGCUCGGUAAACAGGUUUGUUUUUCACUUAGGAAGGACGAAUGUUACAAUUACAGAUUUUUCGUAUGCUUUACCGUUUCAAAUUUAUCAGUACAAAGCAAAUGAAUUAUAAAAUAGAAAAGCGACCCUAUGAUUGGAUCAAUAGGCUAGAUAUAAUUUUCGACUAUCGUAAUUCAAAAUUAAUUUCAAAUUUUUAGUUUCAUUUAUGGACCUUUAGUUAGGACAAUGCUUAGAAUCAAGUUCAGCGAAGAGUAUGAGGAUUUUCAGUGCUUGCGAAUUUGGUGUGAAUGAUCUCGUCUGAAAGUUAGCAUUAGCUAAGCUGUUUAUUGUCUUUCGGACAGAAUUAGAGAUAAACCAUUAGAUUGAGAAUACAGACCCUACAAUACUAGUAAGCCUAAUGUUCAGGUAAAGUAAUCAUACACACAUCUUAAUAGAAGUACAGAGCAAAAAUAUUCACACUGAAUGAUUGAUAAAUUUGUGAUUUUAAACAUUAUUUUCUCAUGAUUUUCGAUUGUAAAUGCGUAAAUGUCAUCAUCAGAAGAAUAUAACAGGACUGUCAUAAGAUGAAAAACUUAAACAA